CCGGCAAGUCCCGGGCUAGAGCGCUGUGAGGUCAGGACCCGCCGGGACCUCCCACCUGCGGCCUAAUGGCAGUGCAGCCCAUGUCCCGGAGGAUCUGUUGGCUCCUGAGGUCCAGCGCCAGGGGCUGUAGCUCGGGGGUGCCAGUGACGCAGCCCAGCCCCAGGGAGCCUGUGCGACCCGCCACAGAGGAGCUGUCCAGGCGGCGGCAGUUCCUGCGAGAGCACACAGCCCCCUUCUCUGCCUUCCUCACGGACAGUUUUGGCCGGCACCACAGCUACCUUCGGAUUUCGGUCACCGAGAAGUGCAACCUCAGAUGCCAGUACUGCAUGCCCGAGGAGGGCGUCCCCUUGACCCCCAAGGCUGACCUGCUGACCACAGAGGAGAUCCUAACCCUUGCCCGGCUUUUUGUGAAAGAAGGUGUUGACAAGAUCCGGCUCACGGGUGGAGAGCCGCUCAUCCGGCGGGAUGUGGUGGACAUCGUGGCACAGCUCCACCAGCUGGAAGGGCUGAAGACCAUCGGAAUCACCACCAAUGGCAUCAACCUGGCCCGGCUGCUGCCCCCAUUGCAGAAGGCCGGGCUCAGUGCCCUCAACAUCAGCCUGGACACCCUGGUGCCUGCCAAGUUCGAGUUCAUCGUCCGCAGGAAAGGCUUCCACAAGGUCAUGGAGGGUAUCCACAAGGCCAUUGAGCUGGGCUACAGCCCUGUCAAGGUGAACUGCGUGGUCAUGCGAGGCCUGAACGAAGAUGAGCUGCUGAGCUUUGUGGCGCUGACUGAGGGCCUCCCACUUGACGUGCGCUUCAUAGAGUACAUGCCCUUCGACGGCAACAAGUGGAACUUUAAGAAGAUGGUCAGCUACAAGGAGAUGUUGGACACCAUCCGGCAACAGUGGCCCGAGCUGGAGAAGCUGCCCGAGGAGAAAUCGAGCACUGCCAAGACCUUUAGGAUCCCCGGCUUCCAAGGCCAGAUCAGCUUCAUCACGUCCAUGUCGGAACAUUUCUGUGGGACUUGCAACCGGCUGCGCGUCACGGCCGACGGGAACCUCAAGGUUUGUCUCUUCGGGAACUCGGAGGUCUCACUGCGGGACCACCUGCGGGCCGGUGCCUCAGAGGAGGAACUGCUGACCAUCAUCGGGGCUGCCGUGGGCAGGAAGAAGCGGCAACAUGCAGGCAUGUUCAAUAUUGCCCAGAUGAAGAACCGACCCAUGAUCCUCAUCGGGUUCUUUUCGAUGUUCCAAGGUUCCCCACCAGCCAGUCCAGUCACCUCUUCCUGGGGACCUGGCCCUGCUCAGGGUCGGAGGCCCAGGAUGCUUCUCUCUCACCUGAUAGCAACUCUGUGGACAGAACACCGGGCCCCACAGGCGCCUCUGGCCUGGCAGUGGCUGGGGGCUGGAUCCCCCGUGAGACUUUACGGCUCCCAGGCAGACUUGGACACUACCUCAAUGUGCCUUAGCCCAGGGACCCAGGCUCCUGCCACCACCUCUGGACCCUGGGCAACCUCAGAUCAACUCACACAUGUGGACUCAGAAGGACGGGCGGCUAUGGUCGAUGUGGGCAGGAAACCAGACACAGACCGGGAGGCAGUGGCCUCCGCUGUGGUCCUGCUGGGGCCUGUGGCCUUCGAGCUUGUCCAGCAAAACCAGCUAAAGAAGGGAGAUGCCCUGGGGGUGGCGCAGCUGGCUGGGGUCCAGGCGGCCAAGCUGACUAGCCAGCUGAUUCCACUGUGCCACCAUGUGUCCCUGAGCCACGUCCAAGUGCAGCUGAGGCUAGACCCCUCACGCCAUGCCGUGGUCAUCCGGGGAUCCUGCCGAGCUCGGGGCCCCACUGGGGUGGAGAUGGAGGCCCUGACCUCCACAGCCAUGGCGGCCCUCACCCUGUAUGACAUGUGCAAGGCCGUCAGCAGGGACAUCGAGAUAGGGGAGAUCAGGCUGGUCAGCAAGACCGGAGGCCAGCGUGGGGACUUCCACCGGGCAUAGCACUCCCAGGCGCACACCUGGGGCCAAGGGCAGGGUGUCAGGCUCCUCCCACCUGCUACUAAAGCAUACCCUUCACUGGUCAGAACCCAAAGUCAAGCCCUCGUUGUUGCUGGAUGAUUUCUAUUAAGCUGUGGAGCUCACUUUACAUGACUGGGACUCUUAAGUUACUGGAGAGUUUGCACCGCUAGAUCCCCAAACACUGUGUCCCAUUAUGGAGGCGCGCACUUCAGCCUAGACUGUACCUUAGAGUUUUCACUUCUCCUGCUUCUAUGGGGAAAGAAUAAGGGCUCGUUCUGCCAAGGAGCCACUUCAAGAAAGGAAAAAAAAGUACAUGCUUGCACCAGGAAUGUUCCAGACUUCUCAGCAGCAGCUUUGCCUCCACACUGGAAAAGCCACACCCCCUCCUCCCAUCUCUGCCACCCCACCUUCGAGAGCCACCUGUCCCCUCCUUUUGCCCGAGUGUGGGCCCAGCCAGCUGCAGGCACUGGGCGCUCAGCAGG